GGCGGGGAGCAGACCGCAGAGGACGCGCGGCGGAGCGCCCGGGGCUGUCACCGCGGACGCGCCGCGCGCACCGACCCGGGACGCGAGCAUCGGGGGAGCGCCGCCCGCCGCCGCCCGCCAAGGAGCCGCGCCGGCUUCCUGGGCUCCCGCUCCCCGGGUGAGCAUCCGCCGGGGCGGAGGGCGAUGUCUGCCCGGGCCCACCGCGGUCCCCGGGACGGCCGGGCGCAGUGGCUCGCGCCCCUCUGGUGCCUCUCGGCCGCGCUGGGCGUGCUGCGGACCCCCGCCUCGCAGGCGUUCAACUUGGACGUGGACAAGCUCACCGUGUACAGCGGCCCCGAGGGCAGCUACUUCGGCUACGCGGUGGACUUCCACAUACCUGCCGCUCGCACAGCGAGUGUCUUGGUGGGGGCGCCCAAAGCCAACACCAGCCAGCCAGACAUCGUGGAAGGGGGAGCGGUCUAUUACUGUCCCUGGCCCGCCGAGGGGUCUGCACAGUGCAAGCAGAUCCCGUUUGACAACACCAACAACAGAAAGAUCAGAGUUAAUGGAACCAAGGAACCUAUAGAAUUUAAAUCGAACCAGUGGUUUGGGGCAACAGUGAAAGCUCACCGAGGCGAAGUUGUGGCCUGCGCUCCCUUAUACCACUGGAGAACUCUUAAACCAACACCAGAGAAGGACCCGGUCGGCACCUGCUACGUAGCGAUUCAGAAUUUCAGCGCCUAUGCAGAGUAUUCGCCUUGUCGGAACAGUAAUGCUGAUCCCGAAGGCCAGGGUUACUGCCAAGCAGGAUUUAGUCUGGAUUUUUACAAGAAUGGAGACCUCAUAGUGGGAGGACCCGGGAGUUUUUAUUGGCAAGGUCAGGUGAUCACGGCCAGUAUUGCAGAUAUCAUUGCGAAUUACUCGUUCAAGGAUAUCCUAAGGAAAUUGGCUCGAGAAAAACAGACAGACGUGGCUCCAGCUUCCUAUGAUGACAGUUACCUUGGAUAUUCAGUUGCUGCUGGGGAAUUCACUGGAGACUCUGAGCAAGAGCUGGUUGCUGGAGUUCCAAGAGGAGCACAGAAUUUUGGAUAUGUUUCAAUCAUUAACUCUACAGAUAUGACUUUUAUUCAGAAUUUCACUGGUGAACAGAUGGCAUCUUAUUUUGGAUAUACAGUCACAGUGUCAGAUGUUAACAAUGAUGGAAUGGAUGAUGUAUUGAUUGGGGCCCCUCUCUUCAUGGAACGUGAAUUUGAGACCAGCCCUAGGGAAGUAGGGCAAGUUUAUCUGUAUUUGCAAGUGAGUGCUCUUGUCUUCAGAGACCCACAGAUCCUCGCGGGCACCGAGGUUUUCGGGAGAUUUGGUAGUGCUGUGGCACACUUAGGAGACCUGAACCAAGAUGGAUACAAUGACAUUGCCAUCGGGGCACCCUUUGCAGGCAAGGACCAAAGAGGCAAAGUGCUCAUUUACAAUGGGAACAAGGAUGGCUUACACACCAAGGCGUCCCAGAUUCUGCAAGGAUUGUGGGCCUCCCAGACCAUCCCUUCUGGAUUCGGCUUUACUCUCAGAGGAGAUUCAGACAUAGACAAGAAUGAUUACCCAGAUUUGAUUGUGGGUGCCUUCGGAACAGGAAAAGUAGCUGUUUACAGAGCAAGGCCAGUCGUGACUGUGGAUGCCCAGCUUUUGCUGCACCCGAUGAUCAUCAAUCUGGAAAAUAAAACAUGCCAGAUUCCGGAGUCUGUGUCACCUGUGGCCUGCUUUUCUUUAAAAGUAUGUGCUUCAGUAGCGGGCCAGAGCAUUUCAAAUACAAUAGGCCUGACCGCUGAGGUAUACUUGGAUACUCUGAAACAAAAAGGAGCCAUCAAACGCACGCUUUUCCUUGACAACAAUCAGUCACAUUUCAUUUUCCCUCUCACCAUCAAGCGACAGAAAUCCCUCCAAUGCCAGGACUUUGUCGUUUACCUCCGAGAUGAAACCGAAUUCCGAGAUAAAUUAUCUCCAAUCAACAUUAGUUUGAAUUACAGUUUGGAUGAAUCCACCUUUAAAGAAGGCCUGGACGUGAAACCAAUAUUGAAUUACUACAAGGAAAACACUGUCACCGAGCAGGCUCACAUCCUGGUGGACUGUGGAGAAGACAACAUGUGCAUUCCUGACCUGAAGCUGUCAGCUAGACCAGAUAAGUAUCAGGUCAUCAUUGGAGAUGAAAAUCAUCUUAUGCUCGUAAUCAAUGCAAGAAAUGAAGGAGAAGGUGCCUACGAAGCUGAACUCUUCGUGAUGAUACCAGAAGAGGCAGAUUAUGUUGGGAUUGAACGCAGCAACAAGGGGUUACGUCCACUGAGCUGUGAGUACAAGAUGGAAAAUACAAGCCGGAUGGUGGUGUGUGACCUUGGCAACCCUAUGGUGGCUGGAACAAAUUACUCUCUGGGCCUCCGAUUUGCAGUUCCACGUCUUGAGAAAACAAACAUGAGCAUUAACUUCGAUCUCCAAAUCAGAAGUUCCAACAAGGACAACCCAGACAGCAAUUUUGUGAGCCUGCAAAUCAACAUCACUGCUGUAGCUCAAGUAGAAAUAAGAGGAGUGUCGCACCCUCCGCAGAUCGUUCUGCCCGUUCCUAACUGGGAACCAGAAGAGGAGCUCCACAAAGAGGAGGGAGUUGGACCAGUGGUGGAACAUAUUUAUGAGCUGCACAAUAUUGGACCGAGUACCAUCAGUGACACUCUCCUGGAGGUGGGCUGGCCAUUCUCUGCCCGGGAUGAAUUUCUCCUCUACAUUUUUCAUAUUCAAACUCUCGGACCUCUGCAGUGUCAAACAAAUCCUGACAUCAACCCACUAGAUAUAAAGCCCGCCACCCCCCCAGAGGACACCCCCGAGCUGAGCGCCUUUCUGCGGAACUCGACCAUCCCUCAUCUUGUCAGGAAGAGAGACGUGCGUGUGCCAGAGCCCCAUAGACAGAGCCCCGCAAAAAUCCUCAAUUGUACAAAUAUCGAGUGCUUACAAAUCUCCUGCGUGGUGGGGCGACUAGAAGGAGGAGAAAGCGCCGUCCUAAAAGUCAGAUCACGGUUAUGGGCCAAGACCUUCCUCCAGAGAAAAAAUGAUCCCUAUUCUCUUGCAUCCCUGGUGUCCUUCAAAGUUAAGAAGAUGCCUUAUCAAGAUCAGCCAGCAAAACUCCCAGAGGGGAGCAUAGGAAUUAAGACAUCAGUUAUCUGGGCAACCCCAAAUGUUUCCUUCUCAAUCCCAUUAUGGGUAAUAAUACUAGCAAUACUUCUUGGAUUAUUGGUUCUGGCCAUCUUAACCUUAGCUUUAUGGAAGUGCGGAUUCUUUGACAGAGCAAGACCACCCCAGGAUGACAUGAAUGACAGGGAACAACUCACAGAUGAGAAAACCAUUGAGACAUGAAAAGCAAAAGCAAAGUUCAAGACACUCGAACACUGGUCCUGUUCAAAGCAAAGAAGGAACAUAGAGGUUAAACAAAGGUUUCCCUGUACCCGCCAGCGACCUAGGAAAUGGAAGGGCCCCAGAAAGAUCACCUCAUCUGUGCUGCACUUUGGAGAAGACGCCACGGAGCCCAGAGACCCUUCUGGGAGAGGUAACGUCCUCAACACUGUGGAAACCAUUAGCCAUCACGGAAGACAUCUUUUGCUUUAGUCAUUCUGCCUUUGGCAGACACUCUGAAAUGGGCAUGGGAACUCAAGUUGCUUUCCAGGUAAAUCCAACUCAAGUCGCAGAGAUGAACUAUCGGAAUUACGGUCAACUUCAGAAGGUGAACUAGGACUGAACCUUCCAACACUACUGUAUCCAGCGGAAUAUUUGACACCUCCCUUGGAAAAGAAGCAUUUCUAAUGAAGUUAUGGCUCAGGGAGACAAGCAUAUGUUGUUGGUACUGUGAAAGUACUUUUGAAACGACAAAGAUAAUCUUGUAACUGAGGAUAACAAUUUAUUUAUUUAUUUUCCAUGUCUCUGGGCAGAUAUCCUGGUCAUCUAGAAGAUUUGGACAUUAAGAUUUGGUUAGCUGGUUCUCGAAAUCACUCACUAAAUUUCCUUCUAAGGUAACCAUCUGGUGCAGAUAAAUUCACAGAACAUCUUUAGACAGCGCUAAGAAAAAGCAGACAGUUUCCCUUAAUACUUAGCUGCCUGCCACCUGAAAUCACUUGGAUUCACACUUUCCGAGGACUCACAUCUGCUUGAUUUAGCUUGGCAAAAAGUUGUAUUUAUAUUUCCUUUCAUACAAUAAAAAAAAAAAUGCUUUCUAUUGACUUAAUUAGCAAUACACAGAUUUCAAGGUCCUCCCACACCUGUGUGGUGUUUAAAAGUAAGGGUAAAAUUUCUGAGUCCAUUGAUACAAAAACAGUUUUACAAUAUGGGUAAACAUUAUUUUUAAUAUCUAUAAGGAACAACAGCAAUACUUAGCUUGGGAUUAAAUAACCUAUUUCUCUACUAUUCCUCAAAUCUAUAUACACAGAGAAGACACAUCAAGCAUACAUGGGAAAGAAAUACAAAGUUAUGCAGAUGUGAGAUGAACCCAGAAAAGGGAUUGCUAAGAAUUUUAUUUAGAAUUUCCUAUUAUAACCUUACUACUCAUUUUUACCGCUAAUCUUUAUAAUACACAACUUCGGAAAAUAACCUUUAUUUAAGCUAUUCUCCCAUCACCUAAAAUUUAACCACCACAGAAAGUUGAUGUUUAAAACUCUUGUAAAUAAUCCAUAGUCGUGUGUAAUGUCAUCGUUUCUGAAGUAAACUUGACCAGCCAAAGUUAUAUAAUCUGCACAGUUUUGUAGCCUUUUUAUGAUCAUGAAAAAUUACCAUGAAGAAAUGCUGAACAAAUUUUAUAUUUAUGUGCAAUAUUUUAUAGACCUACGUAUCUAAAGCAUGUAUGUUUACACUGGCAUUAGUUAUUUUUUUAAUUAAUAUCCUAUUACAUAUAAUCGAGCAAGUGGACCAAAAAUCCUUAGGUUUACAAAGCAGUUGGAAAAGUUGUAUUCCCAGCGUCAGCAAUCACACUUUAUUUGAAAGAUAAGCCAAACUCACAGACACUAAAUUUUCUGUUGUGCCUUAGCCUGGAGGCCAGCCAUUUGGCUACAGUUGCAGAUCUUCCUUGGAAACCAAAUGCAAGGCUCAUGGAAGGAUACUCUGACGCAGUUCAUAUUUUUCCCAGUUGUGAAUUAAAUCCUGUCACGGUAGCAGUUUCAAGUCUGUAAGGACAGAAGUCUGGCUCCCAGGUCAUAUGGCCGACUGUGGGUGAGAACCACAGGUGCCUCAGAGAGUUUGAGGGUCCCACACCAGCCUCUGCAGGUCUUCUGUGUUAGUCCUCCAGGUAGAAGUGGUUUGGCAAGGAGGUGGCUGUCUAUAUAUGAUGGGAGGAGUGCCAAACAGGUUUCUCCGCCCCCACAUAACACCCUAACUCUUGUCAUCAUGCCUGACCUUGGGCCAAGAGAGAUUAGCUCCUAAGGAUUUGGGGUUCUAGAAGGACCCUGAGAAAACCCACCCAUUGCCUUUUAAGUUAACAUUCGUGAAGAAACUCAGAACCCCUAGGGCUACAUAAGUGUAGGACCCCAUGAGCUGGGUCACACAGACACCCGGAGGAAAGGACAGAUGCCAGGAACAAGACUAGGACCCGGAACGGAGCGAGAUCUGAGGUUUCCUCACAGUCUCAGCCAAGAGUGGUCCUCUCUGCAGAGACAGACAUUUGACAGAGGACCAUCACACACACAGUGGCCCCCUCUGCCACCUCAGAUGUGGAAGCAAAUGGAGGAAAGGGGGCACCUGAGGUCAGAUGAACCCACCGGUCAUCAGUUCCCGAGCAGCACCGCCGCUUAAGGAACACUCUGUCGAUGCACUGACAGUAUCUGCUUCUCGCCAUAACACUGCCGAUCACUUUCAUAAUUCAUGUUGUACAAUGCUUCUGUUAGAGUCUAUGUAUAUCUUAGAUAUCCCUUUUGAAAUUCUUAUAGCUGGCUUAGAAGACGUGGAAAAAAGGGGCAAAUCAAGUUUUAUACACUUGGAGAUUUUUAUACAGUAAAUAAACAUGGACUAGUCACCACUGAAACCCCCACUUUUUCAACUCCUUUUUUUUUUCUUUUAUUUAAAUACAUGUGUAGAUAUCUGUGAAGAUUUUCACAUGCCUAUUAACCUUGUCACUAAUAAAAUGAAAAAUUAAAGACACGAUGACAUACUUGUGGUCUGUUUUGCACACAACGUUCAGCUCUCCCACAAUAGCACAGAUCAAACAUUUCUGUCUUUAUGCUUUGAUUUUUCAUUAUUAUAAAGACAUUUAAUGUUGGAAGAAAUCUGGAAGAGUGAGAAUACAACAUUUCUUUGGGAUGAUGAGAAUGUUCUAAACUUAGAUUGUGGUGAUGUUUGCAUAACUCCAUGAAUACACCAAAAAAUACUGAAUUGCACACUUUAAAUGGGUAAGUUUUCUAAUAUGUGAAUUAAAUCCCAAUAAAGGUAUUUAAAAAACA